UAUAUAAUGGAUGCAUAUAACAUUCUUGAAUGUAUUGGUGAAGGAUCCUUUGGCCGUGUAUAUAAAGGAAGGAAAAAGUACACAGGACAAAUUGUAGCUUUAAAGUUCAUCCCUAAGAUUGGGAAGACUGAUAACGCCCUUAAAGGUUUAAAAAGAGAAAUAGAAAUUAUGCGAUCAUUGCACCAUUUAAAUAUUAUUGAAAUGUUGGAUACUUUUGAAACUGAUAAAGAAGUAGUAGCAGUAACGGACUAUGCGGAAGGCGAUCUUUUUCAAAUUUUGGAAGAUGAUGGUCGUCUUCCAGAAGAAAUUGUUCGUUCCAUAGCGUGUCAAUUGGUCUCUGCUUUGUACUAUCUUCAUGCAUACAGGAUAUUGCAUCGUGAUAUGAAACCCCAAAAUAUCCUUCUUGGUCAAGGCGGAGUUGUAAAACUGUGUGAUUUUGGAUUUGCAAGAGCAAUGAGUCUUAAUACAAUGGUUCUUACUUCGAUUAAGGGUACCCCUCUAUAUAUGGCUCCAGAAUUAAUAGAAGAAAAGCCAUAUGAUCAUUGCACUGAUCUAUGGUACUCGAUUUUAUUCUGGUUUAUUAUUUUUUGUCUAGGGCACUUGGAUGUAUUUUAUAUGAACUUUUUGUGGGGACGCCACCUUUUUACACAAAUAACAUAUUUGCAUUGGUAA